UUUUUAUUUAUAAGUUAAGUUGUGCUGUGGGUCUAAUUGGAUAUGUUAUCAUGAUGAUGACAUUCCUCGGCGUAAACCUUUUGUUUGCGUCCAAACCACACAAAUGGAUGGAUGCCGCUAUUUUGCUUGUAUUUUAUAGUAUGUACUAUGGUGUGCUUGGCAGAGAUUUGUCUGAAAUCUGUGCAGAUAAAAUGGCAGCUCAUGUUGGUUACUAUACAGAAGAAGGUAUGCCUACGCGCCACUUAGAAACUGGAGUAUGUGCAGUCUGUGGCAAUAAGCUUCUUGUGUCUGAGAAUGAGGAAGGUGUGAUAGAAAAUACUUACAAGCUGUCUUGUCAACAUGUGUUUCACGAGUUUUGCAUACGUGGUUGGUGUAUUGUUGGGAAAAAGCAGACUUGUCCCUAUUGCAAAGAAAAAGUGGAUCUGAAGAAGAUGUUCUGCAAUCCGUGGGACCGCCCUCACAUUUUGUAUGGUCAUUUCUUAGAUUGGAUUCGCUGGCUAGCA